AUGAGUGAAAUAAUUGAUCCAAGCAUUUUAUAGAAAUAUGAAAUUUUGACAAAAAUAGGAAAAGGAGCAUAUGGAAUAGUUUGGAAGGCUAAAGAUAAUAAAAGUUAAAAGAUAGUUGCUUUAAAAAAAGUUUUUGAUGCUUUCACAAAUUCAACUGAUGCACAAAGAACUUAUAGAGAAGUAAUAUUGAUUUGUAUUUUAAUUUAAGGUUUGUCUCUUAAAAUAGUUAAAUCAUGCAAACAUAAUAUAAUUAAUAGAUACUUAUCCAGCUGAAAACUAAAAUGAUCUAUAUAUGGUUUUUGAAUAUAUCGAAACUGAUCUUCAUGUAGCAAUCAGAGCAAAAAUAUUAUAGCCACUUCAUAGAAAAUAUAUUAUAUAUCAAAUAUUCAAAGCAUUAAAAUAUAUUCAUUCAUCAGGCAUGAUCCACAGGUAUAGAAGAAGAUUAUAAUAAAUUUAGAGAUUUAAAGCCAGCAAAUAUUUUAUUGAAUUCUGAAUGUUAAAUAAAAUUAGCAGAUUUUGGAUUGGCAAGAAUGUUAUCAACUUUGGAAGAUGAUAUAUUAACAGAUUAUGUAGCAACAAGAUGGUUUAGAGCUCCAGAAAUUCUAUUAAGAUCAAAAUCUUAUUCAACUGGAGUUGAUAUGUGGGCUAUGGGAUGUAUGAUGUGUGAAAUGAUUUUGGGAAAGGCAAUCUUUUAAGGAAAUUCAACUAUUAAUUAAAUUGAAAAAAUUAUAGAAGUUCUUGGACUUCCAUCAUAAGAUGAUUUAUAAAGUUUAGGAGGAUAAAAAUAAUUAUUUGAUAAAUUCUCAAAAAAUUAUAAAUUUAAUUUAAAAGCAAAUUUGAAUUGUAGUAUUGAUGAAUAUGAUUUAAUUUCAUAGUUAUUAAAUUAUGAUCCUGAUAAAAGAUUGAGUGCUAGUGAAGCUUUAAAUCAUCCCUAUUUUGAAGAACAUCAUAAUAUAGAAGAAGAAAUCAUAUUUAAAGGAAAAAUUCAUUUAGAAUUGAAUGACGAUAAAUUAUUUCCUAUUCAUUUAUAUAGAGAUCUAUUAUACAAAUAAAAUAAUCAUUUUAAUAAAAUGUUAAAUUUAAUUAGCAAAUAAAAAAAGUUAAUUUAAAAUAUAGACAAAAAAUAAGUAGAAAGUUUAAAGAAGAUAUCAAGUUAAUAAUAACUUUAAAAUUAAUAAUUUGCCAGAAGUGCUUUUAUUUAGAAUAAAACAAUAAUCAAUUAAGAUAAAAGCACAAAUAAAACUCUUGCAACUCCUCAUCAAAAUAUCUAUUAAAAACAAUAAUAAAAUUUUAUUAGUUUAAAAUAAUCUUAACUAUAACAAAAGUUAAAAUAAAUUUGUUUAUCUUCCCUUGAUAAAAACGAAAAUACUUUCUAAUCAAAAUCUCCUGAAAAUACUAUCUAAAUAAAAACUCCUGAAAAUACUUUCUUAUCAAAAUCUCCUAAAUCUAAGAUUUUACUACCACAGAGAUAAUUUAUAAAAACAAAUCUAAAACCUAUUAAGUUUAAUAAUAUAAUUAGUACAUCAUUAAGCCCCUAAUCUUAAUGUAAAAUUUAAGGAAUUAAUUCAUUAUCAUAGAUGAAAUGUUGA